AGGAUGUCCUGCUGUGUCCCCAGCUGCGGCGUGGCCACCCCGGCCCCUGUGGCUGACACCUGCAACGAGCCCUGCGUGCGGCAGUGCCCCGACUCCACGGUGGUCAUCCAGCCGCCGGCCUCGGUGGUCACCUACCCCGGGCCCAUCCUCAGCUCCUUCCCGCAGCGGAGCGCCGUGGGCUCGGCCGGAGCUCCCUACGUCGGAGGCGGCUUCGGCGGCUCCUCCGGACGCCGUGGGGGCUCCGGCGGCUCCGGGGGCUUUGGGGGAUUCGGAGGUUACGGAGGCUUCGGAGGUUUUGGGGGCAGCUGCGGGGCGGGAGGGUUUCGGAAGGGUUUCGGGAGGGUCCCGGGAGGGUUUCGGGGCAGCCCCGCUCGGACACGGCGGAUGAGAAGCCCCGGCAGCUGCCCAGGCUCCUCCUGCCCGUCCGUGGCCACCGCAGCCCCGCAGCAGAGUCCCCCCGAGCCGGACCCUGCCCAGCCCCUGCCCCAAAGGAGCCCCGGGCCCACCGCCAGCCCCCUGCCCUUGGGACACCCCCCGAGGGAAGCCUGGAGCCCCGGGGCCGUGGGGAUUGGGGGGAGAGUGGAGCCCCCCGAGGGACCCGGUGAUUUGCGCAAACAAACAAACUCUACAACUUUUUGA